CACCAAGAAAGCUAGAUUGUCUUUAGGCUUUAUAUAGAGUACUUCAAGUGACUAGAAAUAUCAUGCUGUACUAGUUGCCGUAUUUUAAGCUAUGAAUGUGUAUGAUAAACGUGUAUGAGAUGUCAAUGUAAUUAAAUUCAGUGAGCUUUAUUGGCAGAUGGUUAAAGUAUUUACAGUAUUACCAAAGUGUUACGAAAUGUUAUGAAAUGUCUCCCUCUAGCGGUUUUAUCUGGCAUUGCAGUUGGGAUUUCAGGCGCAUGCGCAGUGUCGCUUGUUUGGCAGUAACGCUAAGUGAUGUGAUGGCUACAGAACAGGCCAGUUUGUCUUUGGGAUCUGUACAAUAAUAUUUGAGCUAAUACGGUGCAACUCCAGAAUGAAAUUAACUCGGAAACUUGUUCUCUCACGGGCCAAAGCGUCGGACCUUGAAAGCGUAAAAAAGUUGAAUUGCUGGGGCUGCAGCUUGACAGAUAUCUCAAUAUUCACUGAAAUUCCCAAUGUUGAAGUCUUAACAUUAAGUGCCAAUAAUAUCUCCUCUCUGGAGCACAUCGCCAACUGUCAGCAUCUGACCGAGCUCUACCUGAGGCGCAACGACAUCCAGAGUCUCUCAGAGCUGAGCCAUCUUAAAAACCUCACCUGUCUGAAAGUUCUGUGGCUGGCAGAGAACCCGUGCUGUGACGCAGACCCGGCGAAGUACCGCCUGACUGUGCUGAGGAACCUGCCUGGUCUGCAAAAACUAGACAACCAGGUUGUGACUGAAGAAGAGCUUGCACUUGCUUUGGAAGAAGGCGAGGAAGUGAUCACUCCUCCAGGUCCUGCCACAGCCAGUUCUACCAAUGGCCUCACAGAGGCAGACUCCGAGUACGACCCUCUCAAUUACAGUAUGGAGGAGACCAAUAAAAUCCAUGCUCAGUUGGGGAUGAAGCCAUUGCCUAGAGAUAAAUUUUCAUCUUCACGAGAAGCAGGGGCCUCCCUGAAGAAAAAGAGUCACACUCUGGAAGCUGUGCUGCUCCUGCUGAAGGACCUGGACACAGAAGAGCUGAAAACUGUUCAGUGUGCCACAGAGAACAAACUCAGAGCUCGCAGUAGACAGAAAGAGAAAAUACCAAUUGCUCAGCACUGAAUAAGAGCUAAUUACUACUGCAUGCAGAAUGACCAGCAACAGAAAAUAGCUUUUUGAUAUAAAAGAAUCCAGCUUGAUAUGUUUACAGACAUUGUUGCCAGACUAAAAAACUCCCUGCUCUGUAACAAAUACAAGACAGGUGACAAAUAAAUGGAAAAAUCAA